AUGAAAAAACAAAAGAGAAAUAAUCAUCAAAAGAGGAAAAAAAAUAAGGAAAAAAAGAAUAAAAAUUAUGAAGACAAUGAAAGAUCUGAAGGGGAAAUAAUAUAUUCAUUGAUAAACGAUUAUUAUGAUAACAAUUUUAAAAAAAAUUUUUAUAUAAAAAGUAUAAGAACAGAUGGUAAUUGUUUAUUCAGAGCAGUUUCUGAUCAGUUGUAUAAUCAUGAAGAUAAUUAUAAAGAAAUAAGAAAAAAAGUAGUAGAUCAUUUAUCUAAAAAGGAAGAAGAAUAUAAAAAUUUCGUUGAAUAUGAUGAAAGUUAUAAAUCUUAUAUUGAAAGAAUAAGUCUAGAUGGAACCUGGGGAGGACAAUUAGAACUUCAAGCAAUAGGGGAAAUUUAUAAUGUUAAUAUUUUAAUUUACCAAGAAAAUGGAUGUAUACUCGAAAUAAAAAAUCACAGUGAUGAAAAAAAAUGUAUUCAAUUACAUUAUGCUUCCAGUGAGCAUUACAACAGUGUCAGAUUCAAAAAUAAAGCACUAGACAAUGAAUUAAAAACUAUUUCAUAUUUAAGAGAAAUACUUAAUAACAAGGAUGAAAACGAUUCAACAAAAACAUUUUAUGAAACAACAGAAAAUGAAUUAACAGAUUCAUAUGAAAGUCACAACUCCACUAAUGUUAGAUGUGAAAAGAAAAAAAAUUAUUUAAUUGAAGAAAAAUCUUCUUUUAUAUGUCCAUUGAAUAAUGAUGAAAUAUCGGACUGUCUUAUAAAUUCAAAAAGUUCUAAUAAUAUUGGGUUCUUAAGUGAUGAUGAAAAUACAUUGAACUCUAUUGAUAUAUUGCAAGGUAUUUAUAAUGGAGUUAAAAAUAAAAAUACAAGAAGUAGGAGCAUGCCAAAUAUAAAUGAAAACUUUUUAUAUUUUUUUUCAAAAAAUAGAUCAAGUGAAAAUAUGGAAAGUGAUAGCACAAUUGAUAAUUUAAAUGAAAAAAAAGUUGUAGAAAAAAAAAAAAAAAAGAAUAAAAAAAAUAAAAUAAUUUUUAUGAAGUUUACUUCUUUUAAUGAAGAUACAAAUAAUCUAAAUAAAUAUUUUUAUAAUAACACUAUUAAUGAAAAUAAAACUAUUCAUAUAUAUUAUAAUAAAUUAUUCUAUAAAUGUUUAUGUUUAUCUAAAGGUAUCAAAAAUAAUGAUAGAAAAUAUCUAUCCUUUAAUAAUAAUAAUAUAUAUAAAGAAAAUGGUAUAAUCAAAAAGGGGGAUAUAUUCAAUUGUGAUUUAGAAAAUAAAUAUAAUGAAAUGAAUAAAAAAGAAAACCAUAAAAUUUUGAAUAUUUUUAAUGAAAAAAUAAAAGAAAACAAAAACAGAUUAAAUAAAAAUAUAAAUAAUAUUAUUUCUAAUUUGCAAUUCAAUAAAGCAUCUGAUUAUAAAAAUAAUGAGGUAAGUUACAACUUAAAUUCUAAAAGUAUACCAAAUUCAAAUAAAAUAUUUAAGAAAAAAGAAGAAAUUUUUUCAUCUUCAUCAUUAAGGGGUGUAAUGGAUUGUAAUUUUCACUUAAGUAAUUUAGUUAACGAAACUAUUUUUGAAGGUGAAGCAAAAUUAAGUGAAAUUCCACUAAAUAAUUUUCUCAAAAUAAACGAGAAAUCAACUAAUAACAAAAAUAAAGAAAUAGACAAAUUUAAUAAGAAUUUUACAAACAGCAUUGAUUUAAUAAUUGAUGAUUAUGUUAUAUGUAUAGAUAGUGAUUUAUUUUAUUCUUGCAUAAGUAAUAAAUAUAUUAAGAAGAAUAAUAGAGAACAAAGUAUUUCUUUUUUAAAUAAACACAAUAUAGAUAAUAAUAUGAGUAAUUCUAGUAAAUCGAUUACAGACGUUAAUUCUUCUACAAGUUUCAAUAAUGAAAUGGUUAAAGCAAUUAAUAAUAAUAAUAAAAAAAAAUUGGAUAAUGAUUUUUUGAAUAUAAAUAAACAAGAUUUAAUAUUGAAAAGAAAAUAUAACGAUAAAAAAUUUGUUAAUUUGUUUUCAAAAGAUCUCUAUUCAAAAGGUCUUUUUUACUUUUUAAAUGCUGAUUUGAUAUUAAACGAAAACAAAAUAAAAUAUAUAACUCAAUGCUUUUAUUAUAAUAAAGAAAUUAAUAUAUUUAAAAAUAAUUUUAAAAAAAAUGAUUUUUAUUUUUGUGAUAGUUUAAUGUUUUAUUUUAACUUAAACCAUGAAAAAUUAAAAAAGAAAAUAAAAUAUUCUAAGGAGUCUUAUGAAGAAUUUAUAGUUAAGGAAAAACAUAAAUAUAAUAAAAUUUUAAAAGGAAAUAAAACAUCUUGUUCUAACAGAGAAAAAGAAAAAAAAAUGCAAAUUAUUUCUAUUUAA